CUGAGCAUAUUGUCUUGAGAUUGUUUCCGUUUCCUGCGAGCUUUUGUAUGAAUCAUCUAGUAUAUGAAAAUUCUGCACUGUGAAAAAAUGACGAUGAAUCUCGUACAACCCGGCCUCUCAGCGGCUUUCCCGCUUCGCCGGUCUGCCGACGCCACGCUAGCGGGAAAGCUAUUCUACAACGACAAACGUUUCGAUACUAGCUGGCAACGUGCGAAAAGUGAACAACACCACUAUAGAGCAAUCUAACCAUCCAAUAGAAGAAGGAGUAGAUCUCUUUGAGAAUGACAUAUUCAAGAUCGGACGUGAUCCCCAAAGCGAGUUCAGUAUUGAUACCGACACCGAAAACUAUGUCUCUCGAAAUCAUUGUGAAAUUUACACCGUGAUAUACUCGGCUCGUCAACAUUAUGUCUAUGUGCGAGACCGCAGAUCCUUCAACGGAACAUAUGUAAAUGGCAGGCUAAUUGGCAGCCUUGAAAACUCGUCCCCCGGAUAUCUCUUAAACGAUGGUGAUGUUAUAGAGAUCAAACCAUACUGGCAAUUCACAUUUCGUCAAAUGUUUCAACCGCCCGAGACACCAUUGACGCAGCUACAAGCCCGAGAGUGCCAAUUUUUCAAGUCACAAUAUCGUGUUACUCCACGCAGCGUGGGGCAAGGAUCCGAAGCUGUUGCGCACCUAGCAGAGGACGUCCUCCGAGGCAAACAAAUAGUAUGCAAGCUUCUGACUCUCAAUGCGCUACCGGGGGGCUGUCAGCACCAGGAAAGAAUCCGUAGAGCUCUGCAGGAAGCAGAUACACUGCGACAAUUGAGCCAUCCAAAUAUUCUCGGCUUUAUUGAUGCAAUGUGCUCUCCACACACCGUGUACACAUUUAUGGAACUCGCCUCUGGCGGAGAUUUGUGGUCCUUCAUAAUCCGCCAUGAAGAGGUUAAGGAAUUUGAUGCGAGGAUCAUUUUGCGACAAGUGACGAGAGGACUCCGCUUCCUACAUGAUAAGGGUAUAAUCCACCGCGAUUUGAAACCAGAAAAUAUUCUUCUUGCCAAUUCACCUAGGCUUGCUUACAUGCGCGUAAUGCUCUCUGACUUUGGCGCGUGCUUGGUUCCAAAUCGCCAUCGAAUGACUUCGCAAGUUGGUACGGCUUUAUAUCAAGCUCCGGAAAUUGUGAGAAAGGUCCUUCAAACUCCAGCUGUUGAUAUCUGGUCUCUUGGCAUAAUUGCAAUGGUAAUUUUGCUUGGAGCGGUUGAUUAUGUGAACGACAUGCCGCAAAUUGAACAGGGUUCUCUUACAAAGUUUGUUCUGGAGACUCUAAAACGAUCCCAGAGAUCAAUUUCAAACAAGGGACAGGAAUUUAUUGUUCGAUGUAUACAGAUUAACCCGGCAAGUCGCCAAACAUCGGAAGAAGCGGACCGAGACGUUUGGUUCUGCACGCCAGAGAAGCACCUCCCAUUUUUUCACAAGCUUGACAGGCGGAUGGCUCUUGAAUUUAAACGGAACACCAAAAUCCGACCUAUGCCGAUGGAUAUCCCAGACUUUCUCCCGGAAAUAACGGGUCAAAUGAAACUAGGGGCAGCGCCUCAAUUAUUAAAGCCAAAGAGGGCUGCCUCCGGCACUGUAUUCACCACACCGGUUACGAUUCCUACUCAAGUCGCCCAGAUGGCAUCGAAGCUUGCUAUCACUGGAGUACGAGACGAUAACCCGGAGGAUAGAGCGCGAGCUUCUGUCAAUGAGACUAAGGCAAUGGAAAUAGAAUAUCACGAGGACAUCUCAUUUGAUAUUGACUUUCGGUCCCAGAUUAUACAAGACUUGGAAGCUUUCCAGCGAUCGAGCAAAGCCGAUCAAAUUUUGCAACUUACGGAUUCUAUCUGA